GCACGGAUGUCUCUCGGCGUCGACUCUCCCUUGCCCGCGGCGGCGGGCGGCGCCGGCGGAGCCCUGCCCCCGUGGCCGGCGCGGCAGCGGCGACAAGGCUCGCGCUAGGUUUUGUCAAUCGGGGGUGAAUGCCUGACGAAAUUGCAAUAUGUGGCUCUCACUCUGUGAUGGAUUGGAGAAGUUAUGGACACAGAGCUUGAACUUAUGGCUUCCUACGUGAGCAAGCUUAAGUUCAUCUUGCAAGAAGAGCAGCCAGAACUCCAUACUGCAACCCUCCUAUCCUCACUUGGGAGUAGCAAUCAGGAUGAAAGAUAUGGUCACUCAGCGGGAGAAAACAGAAUGGAGACUCGCAUCAGAAAGAAGCGAAAAUACCAAGUCCUCACAGCGCAACAAAGGGACAGGCUUAAUUGUGCAUUUCAAUCAUGUCUGCACCCUGAUCAAAAUGCCAUAGAGGAGUUGGCCAAUGAACUAAACAUGUCUCCGGACCGGGUCAGAUAUUGGUUCCAGAACCACAAGACACAGAUGAAGAGAUUCAAGAACAAUGAGGAACGCAAUCUACUGCAAAAGGAGAAUGAAGACCUGAAGGAGGAGAAUGCAGAGUUGAGAAAUAGGAUGAGAAACUUAACAUGCCACACAUGUGGCCUACCUUUGUUUCAUAAAGACUGCUGUCAUUUGGAGAAUGCAAUGCUCAAGGGUGAGCUUAAAUGCAAGCAUGGCUCUGCGAGCACGCUCAUUCCCCAGGGAGUUUCAUCCUUGCUCCCCAGCUCAAGUGGUCUGAUAGCUCCAGGCUCCAAUCUUGGUAGUAAUGCUGUGCUUGUUCCUGAAUCUGUCAUGCCAUCGUCAGUUUCUCAGCCUGCUCCAGCCCUCCCCAAUGCCAAUUGGCCUAUCUUGCACAAACUAUCUGGCAAUCCAAAUGAUGGCUAUGGUGAAAGAGAUAUACUUUUUGAUCUAGCCAACCGUGCGGUGAUAGAAUUCAUUACUGUAAUGGAGGAUGAGGCUCUAUGGCUCCCAAACAUGGAUAUCCUGGCCGUCGAAUCUCUCAACUACCAAAAAUACCUUGCAAAAUCAAUGACAAUUGGACUAAAACCUGUUAACUUCAAAGUGGAUGCCACCAGGGACACUGCCAUUGUCAAGGGUAGCUGUGCUGACCUUGUUAAAGGCCUUUCGGAUGUUAAUUGGUGGAGAGAGUUGUUUCCAGGCAUUGUGGCAAGUGCAAACACCACCAGGAUCAUCUCCACUGGGCACUCUAACUCAUGUGAUGGGUUGCUUCAAUUGAUGCAUGCAGAGCUUCAGGUAAUGUCACCUGAAAUCCCAGUUGGCGAUGUGACAUUCCUGAGGCAGUGUGUGCAGAAUGGAACAGGACUGUGGUACGUGGUUGAUGUGUCUAUCAACUCUGUCCUUGGAAAGAGUAAAUCAUCUCAACACAGUGUGCAGUCCACUAGGACAACUGAGAGGCACAUGGAAGUCAGGUUCUUGCCAUCGGGCUGCAUUAUUCAAGAAAUGGGGAAUGGCUACUCCAAGGUGAACUGGAUGGUGCAUGCAGUUUAUGACGAGAGAGUGAUACAAGAACUUCACUGGCCACUUCUCCGUUCUGGGAAAGCCCUCGGUGCAUGCCGCUGGGUAGCAUCACUCCAGAGACACAGUCAGUUUUUCUCCAGCUUGUGCAACUCCAUCCCUUGUCCUGGCAGCACAGUGAAAGAAAUGCUGUGGAGAAGAAAUGCCCUGCACCUGGUGAAGCAGAUGACGAGCAGCUUCACAGCUCUAUGUGCGUCAAUGUCUAAGGCCAUGCUGCAAGAUGUUGAUGUUACUCAAUUUGCAAAUCAGAUAAUUGGUGGUGCAACAGGUGAACCUGUUGGUCAGCUGUUGAGCGCCACCACAACCAUCUGGCUCCCUGGUGUAAAGCCAAGGCACGUGUACGACUACCUGCAUGAUGAGCAGUGCCUUGUUGAAUGGCGCUACCUCUUCGGUGAUCAGCUGCUUCAGGGCAAUGCCUUGCCAUAUGGUGCCCCCAGGAACGGUGAAGCUGUGCAGAAGUUCUACCGCAUGGUGAAUGGCCUACAUGAAGGGCAUGCUAUCUCCCUGAUCAACCCCAGAGAAAUCGAUGGCAGCAUAAGCAGCACUCUGCUGCUGCAAGAGGCAAGAACUGAUCUUUCUGGCUCCCUCAUAGUUUACGCCGGGAUUGAUGUGAACACAAUGCAUUCCAUCAUGACUGGCGAUCUUGACCCUGCCACCGUCUUCCUUGUGUCCUCUGGAUGUGUCAUUCUCCCUGACUGCCUGGACUCGUGCCCUCUACUACCACCUCCAACUGCAGACCAGGCCAGCAGCAGCUCUAGUGCUGGUAUUGCCAGCAGGAGCAGAACAGGUGGGUCAUUCGUCACUGUCGCUUACCAAAUGUUUGUGAGCAGCCAGAGUAGUGGAGGAUCAUCAAUUAAUCAGGGCCACGAUGCACUCAAGAACGCCACCAACAUGUUCAAGGCUUCCCUCGAGACCCCCAUCCUGGCAUAGUACAAUGUGUCCAGGGUAGCAUUUGCAUCUGAAAUUGAAAUGCGGAUCGAGUGAACUCCAGUGUUUUUAAGACUUGUUUGUUCAGGGGAUGAGUAUCUCUGAUAGACAUCAUGAAUCGUGUUGUUCGUUUGCCUUGUUUACCAUUUUGUUAGUCCUUUUCAGACCGUGGAUUUGGAAUGUGGAUCAGACAAUUAUAAUGGUUGGAUCCUUGAGACAAUGUUUCUGGUUUCUGGUAUUCAUUUUUCUUGUUUU